CAAAUAAGCGCGCACACCGAGCGCACACACUACAAGAGAGAGAGGGAGAGAGAGGAGUGGGAAAGGGUGAGAGAGAAGCUUCACGGAGCUUGCUUGGAAGGGUGUCGAGCUAGUUGUGUCUGUCCCUCUGGCUCUACUCUACCCGCUAACUUGGGAGGGCAAAAUCUGCAGCUCCCUUUCCCGAGCCCGGUUGGAUGGAGAGGGACUUCUUGGCCGCGAUCGGCAAGGAGCACCAGCAGCAGGAGAAGGGCGGGGAAGAAUCAGCUUACUUUGGAGGAGCAGCGACGGCGAUGAAUUGGUCUUUCGCGAGCAAGCACGGCGCCGCGCCGGCGUUGAUGUCGUUCCGGUCGGCGGCGAGGGAGGAGCCCAGGGAGCCCGCGUUCCCACAGUUCUCCGCCUUCGACGGCGCCAAGACGCCGGCCCCUCGUAUCCUGACCCAGCAGAGGUCGUUCGGCGCCGAGAGCCACGGCAGCCCGCAGUACGCCGGCGUGCACCGUGCGCAGCCGCCACAGCAUGUGUUGAAUGGGGCUAGAGUAAUUCCAGUCUCGUCACCGUUCAAUCAAAACAAUCCGACGUUCAGGGUCCAGAGCUCGCCUAACCUUCCGAACGGCAUCGCCGGUGGUGCUUCAUUGAAGCAGCCGCAUUUCGCCAUGAACAACGCGAGGGCCAGUUCUACCGUCGGUGUAUAUGGAACAAGGGACGUGCCAAAUGCAAAGACGGCGCAAUUAACGAUCUUCUAUGCCGGCUCUGUCAAUGUAUUCGAUAACGUCUCGGUUGAGAAGGCUCAGGAACUUAUGUUCUUGGCCAGCAGAGGAUCUCUUCCAAGCUCAGCCCUUGUUGCCCGUAAGUCAGAAGCUCCUAUUUUUGCUCCUGCAAAAGUCACGGUACCUGAGGUUUCACCUGCAAAGCAGAUGACAUUUCAGAAACCACAGCAUGUUUCGCCUCCUGCAUCAGUCAUUUCCAAACCAAUCUCUGUCAUGUUGCAAGCCGCAAGUCUCCCCCGGAGUGCCUCUAGCUUUAAUAUUGACUCCACAGUGCCAAAAUCUUCAAGCCCGUUAGCUGUUCCUCCCGUAAGUCAAGCUCCGGCAACUCAGCCUACAACACUAGCCACUUCAACUGCAGCAGCUAUUAUGCCUAGAGCUGUCCCUCAAGCUCGAAAGGCGUCCCUUGCUCGAUUCUUGGAAAAAAGAAAGGAAAGGGUGACUACAGCUGCUCCAUACCCAUCAGUCAAGAGCCCGUUGGAGAGCAGCGACACGUUCGGGAGCGCCAACGACAAGUCAUCGUGCACAGGCAUUGCCCUGUCGAGCAACCACGAUGAGUCGCUAUGUUUAGGCCCGCCCAGGAACAUCAUCUUUAGCCAAGAGUCCCCCAGUACGAAACUACAGAUUUGAUCUGACCUGAUCAUGAUCCCAUGUCCAUAGAUUCGUCCAGGCUGACUGAUGCAAAACCAUGAAGUAUUUUUGCAGUCAGGCAAGGGCUCGAGAGGAGGAAACUAUAUAUGUUAUUGAUGCUGUUCGUAUUUUUGCUUGGUUAGUUUACUGUAAUGCUGGUCUAGCUGGUGCCACCCCACCUAACUAACAAGAGAGCUGUGACUUGCAGACUCUUGAUUUUUUUUUUUUUUUUGCCCUAGGGCCAUUGUAUUGCAAAAGGAAAUGUGUUAAUUUUUAGCAGUGUCAAAUUAUAGGGUUACAAAUUUCCGCACCUUCUGGUGGUGAAACUGUAUUAUUCCUGUUCUUGUAUUAUGAACUUCCAAGCUACAGAAUGCAAGAGCAAAACUUAUUCUUGGUCA